AUGUAAAUUAAAAUAGAUAGGUCAUUUUUUGACGAACAGACCAUUGAUUCAUCCUUUUGGGAAAAGUCAAUAUCCUAAAUAAAUAUUGACAAAAUUGAUUAUCAGUUUAUCUUCUUUGAGAAAAGUUAAAAAACUGGGAUUUGGGUAAGCAGAAACUAUGCAAUUUAUGGUUCUAAAUUAAUCAAGCUUAGAGUAUUAAUAUAAAUUUAUAUGCUAGCCAAAUAAAAAAACAUUACAUCAAAUCAAUCUUAAUAAGAGUAGAAUAGAGUAGAUUAAAUAUAAAAAUGAUCAAGAGAAGGAGAGCUGUAAUAGAGUAAAAAUUUGAUAUCUAUGAUAUUUUAGAAGAAGUAUGGGAUCAGAAUAGUUAGAAAUUAGAAAUGUAGAGAAUUCUAUUCAAGAUCAUAAGAAAUAAACCAAAAAAUUUGGGAAGAAUUAAAAAAAUAGUCACUUCAGAUAACAUUCAAAUAAGAUUAUGAUAUUUAAAAAUUAAUUGGGAAAGGAAACUUCGCUAAGGUAAUUGAAUGUUCUUCGAUUUUUUAGGUGUAUCUUUGUAACAAAAAAUCUAACAAAUUGUAAUUUGCUGUAAAAGUUUUCGAAAAAAGUAAGAUGAUAAACACUGAAACGGAUAGGUUGGCUUUAUUAAAAGAAAUAUCAAUUCUGCGAAAGUUGAAUUACAAAGGACUAAUCAAAUUACAUGAAGUCUAUGAGGAUGAGACACACAUUUAUUUGGUUCAAGAUUAUCUAUAAGGGGGAGAAUUAUACUAACAUAUUAAAAAAAAUUAAAAACUGCCAGAAAAUAUUGUAGCCGGAGUCAUAGCCACAAUAUUAAAAUCUCUAGAGUAUCUGCAUAAGAAUAAUAUACUACACAGAGAUCUUAAACCAGAAAAUAUGAUAUUAAGGAAAAAAGGUGUUUUGGAAGACAUAGUAAUUACUGAUUUUGGAUUGGCUGAUUUUUAUGAUCCCUUUGGAAACUAUAUGUUUUAAAGGUGUGGCACUCCUGGAUUUGUAGCUCCAGAGGUAUUGUAGGAUAAACUUUAUGAUUCUAAAGUAGACAUUUUUAGUGUUGGAUGUCUAAUGUAUUUAUUAUUGACUGGUAAGUCACCAUUUAAAGGAUCGUCGUAUGAUGAAAUUGUAAUGAGAAACUUUAAUUGCAAGGUAGAUUAUCAGUCUAUCGAAUCAAUUGUAUCUAUAUAAUGUAUAUUUGUAUGGUAAUGUAGGUCUGCAAUUAUUAAAAUUAUUACUCCAUCGUCGACCAUCACAAAGACCAACUCCUAAUGAAGCUUUGAAAUAAGAAUGGUUUUAGAUUAAUUUAGAUAAGUAAAGAUAUCUAGAAUUGAAUAAUAAUGCAGAAUAAGGGUAAUCUACAAAAGAAAUCACAAAAUCAAUUUCAAAUGAUAUUGGAAGUUGUGGAUAUACCAAGUAUUUUAGCUGCAUUUAACCUUGUGGAAUACCUGAAUUCUGUACUGCAUAAAUAUCUAUUAUAAACAACAAAUAAGAUGCUUCCAUAUAUACACCAUAGUAUGCUAUGAUGCAAUCCAUAUAAGAAUAGUUUAAAGAUAGUGAAAAAUUGAUAUCAAUUCGAAAUUUAGAAGAUGAUUUCGGAGAUAUGAUAUUUGAAGACGAACCACCUCAAUCCCAUAAAUUACCACAAUAUUAAUUGAUAGGGAAACUAAAGAAAGUUGUGGAUUAAAAUCAUUCAACGAAUUAGGCUUCUCAAAUAUUAUUAUUAAAGACUUCAUAACAAGAUCAGACUAUUUUCAAUCGAAGUUAACCUAAAAUUGAUAAUGAAUUACUUAAAUAAUCUUGA